AUGAAGGGUUUAAAAUUUUUUUGGAAAGAUCGUGCGGGAAACAAGUCACAAAAAUCAUCCUCUUGUUCUUCUCCUAGUUCAAGAGAACCUCUAAACCCAAUACAAGAAGGUGAAAUUCGUGAUAAUGAGCCUUCAACAUCCAUACCACCACUUCAAAGUACACCACAAAGAGAAGAUAAUUCAAAUGCUAGUGCCGAUGCUCACACUUAUGAUGUUGAUCUUCUUCCACAUGACCCUGGAAAAAAAAUCCCGAUCUUGGCAUUUCCAUCAAAUGAUCAAGAUGCCGCGAGGAGAGGAUACAUAGCCAAAAAAACGUUUCUUUUGGGUCAAGGGUUAGCAUGUCGUGGACAUGAUGAAAGUAACAUCUCGAAUAACAAAGGGAACUUUCUUGCACUUCUAACAUGGUUUGCUGAAAAUAAUAGUGAUGUGAGCAAAGUUGUCUUAGGUAAUGCUCCGGGGAACACUACCAUGACUUCUCCUAUGAUCCAAAAGGACCUUAUUAACUCUUGUGCAAAAGAAACUACUAGGCUUCUUAUUGAUGAUAUUGGGGGUGAUUAUUUUGGAAUACUAGCUGAUGAAUCUAGUGAUGUGUCUCAAAAAGAACAAACGGCCCUUUGCUUGUGUUAUGUUAACAAAAAAGGGAAAAUAAGUGAGAGAUUUCUUGGAAUUGUGCAUAUUAAGGAUACCAUGGCUUUGACAUUAAAAAAUGCAAUUGAAAUUUUGCUUAUGGAUCAUUCAUUGAGUUUGUCUGGAGUUCGUGGCCAAGGUUAUGACGGGGCUAGUAAUAUGAGGGGUGAGAUAGACGGUCUUAAAACUUUGAUCAUGAAUGAAAAUCCUUCUGCUUAUUAUGUCCAUUGUUUUGCUCAUCAACUUCAAUUGACUCUUGUUGCGGUUGCUAAAGAUAAUGAUGAUUGUAUUUGGCUUUUUGAGCAACUUGAAAUUUUAUUGAAUGUCAUUGGAGUUUCUUGCAAAAGAUCUUUCUAUGAUGGUUGUUGA